AUGGUACCUGAAGAAACUUCCAAUUGGCCAGUUUUUGAUUAUAAUAUGACGUUACUAUACGUCGUUUUCCACAAUUUUGAACUCAAUAAAGAUGCCUAUGAGUGCUCAAAAAAUGAAACUACCCAUGUCUUUCAUACUUUAAGAGGAUCAUAUUAUUUGACCACCGGGAUGCUUAUACUGAUUCUAUACACUAUUUGUCUCAUCGCCAUAAUAAAAAGUGAUCAAAUCAGAACACCGGCUUACAAAACCAUGAUAUUCCUGGGAAUCUGUGAUAUUUGUUCAACCUUCGUUCAUUCCAUUACCACUGGCAUAUUUGGCAUAAUGGGCGUUGUUUACUGCGACUUUCCACUCGUAAUUUUUAUUCUCGGCUCUCUGGGUUUGGGAUCUUGGAUGGGAUGUUGUGUUUCUAGUAUAGUGCUGGCAGUUAUCAGAGCUGGUGACGUGGAUUCGAACAGAUGGAUAAUGCGAAUUUUUGAUGGCUUGAAGAUUUAUAUUGUCUUGGGCAUAUGCCUUGCAUAUUUUUUGAUAACAAUUUUUCUCGUGAAACCAGUGGUUUUUAACGAAAACUAUUCAUCUUGGUUUACCGAUCCCGGACUUGGUCACGACCCAGCCUUGUACAAAAACUCGCUGAUUGCCUUUAACAAUUUUGCUGUUGCAAUUUGCACAAUUGUGUUCUAUGGCUAUAUUUCUUACGUUUAUCUGAAAAAAUCCAAAUCUGGCAAUAGCAGCACAAAACUCACAAAAUCACAACUCUCGAUUUUGCUUCAAACGUUCUUUUUCUGCUUUUUUCAUGCAGUGACGUCACUUAUCUACGUUUACAUGGACAUUUUCCAGGUCUACGAUAUGCUCAUUUUCAUCGCUCAUUUUGGGUGGCAGUGCAGUAGUGGAGCUGUUUGUGUUGUCUACUUGACGCUCAACAACUCAAUUCGACAAACAGUGAAAAAAUUAUUCUGUACACCACCUGUCAGCACUGUUCCUUCGAACAUGUUCACUGUUGUAAUUUGA